AGAUUUUGCGGUACAGUAACAAAAUUAUUUUAUUAUUAAUCUCUCAAAUUCGAAUUGGGAUCUGCAUCAAUUAGGCAUAUUGAAUAAUUUUUGUUAUAUACAAAUACAUUUACAUAUAGAAAAAUACCAUUAUUAUGACUAAAGUAUAGUAUUGAGAAUGUCAAGAACCAGUCCUACUCCCUCCCCUCUCCCUCUGCUUGCCCCGACUUAAAAUUGGAUCUCUUCGUUUUCUGUUUCUCCUAAAUAUAAAUAGCCUCUCCCACUUUUGUACGUCUCUCGCUAUAUUUUUUCAAGUUUCCCUAAGUUCACUUGACUGAACAGAAUACAGAUUCUGCUUUUCCAUAAAAGCCCGAAUUCUUUUUUCGAGAAGUCUUUGAUCGAUGAUUUGAGUUUCAUGAUUAUAACUGACUGGAAUUGUUUAAUCUCCGACGAGUAAUUUUGUGAAUAGGAGACAAUUGUUGUUAAUUAACGACGACAAUGAAGGAGGAAGAGGAGGAGAAACGGAGUUGCAGCACUCAUAAACGGAUAGGGGAGGUGGCUGGGGGGACGGCGGCGGAGUGUGCGAUGGUAUGCUGUUGUUGUCCAUGUACGGUGAUGCAUUUAUUAGUACUGGCAGUUUACAAAGUUCCGACAGGACUUUGCCGGAAAAUAUGGAGGAAGAAGAAGCAGGAGAGGCUUUUGAGGAAGAAGAAGAAAGAGGAGGAUUCAUGGAAAUCGAUGAAGAAUAACAAAAAUGUUUACCUUGGUGUCUAUGACGACGACGACGACGACGACGAUCAGAAGAAAUUUGACGAUGAAGCCGACGACGGAGUAAGAGAAGCCGCCGAUUUUGAAACGGAGAUGUGGGACCGGUUCUAUGGAGCUGGAUUUUGGAGGACCCUAUCUCAGAGAGAGGAGGAUUUAACUUGGCAUAAUCAAAAUAAGUAAGGACCUAAAUGUAAUUAUAAUGAGAAGAAAAAAAGGUGAAAGAGACUGAAAUUGAAGAUUAAUGAUUUUUAUAUGGUGUAUUUUGCCCAAAAAAAGUUGGGUGUAGUAGAAAUUCAUCGAUCGCGAUUAUUCAGGUGGACACGCCACCAUUGAUUAUUUUUUUUUCUAAUAUAAAAAAUUUUCUUCUUAGAAAAGUAAGAGACUUGGUCCAUGUGGACUUCACAAUGCUACAUUUGUACAUAUUUUAUUUCUUUAUUUGCUUAUUGCUAUAUUUUCCAAGUAAGAUGAAUGUGACAGUCCUCGAGCCAAAAAUUUAUUAGAAAUAGUGUCUGUAUAGAUAAAAUCAAAAAUCUGCGUACAUCAUCCUCUUGAAUGUUAUUAUUGUAUGAUGAUGAAUGUGACAGUUAAAAAGGAUUAGCAGGUGUAUUUUCCUUGUCAUAUUUAUCACCACAUUGAGUAGCGUUUUUUCAAAAAACUUACAUGAGUUGCUUCA